AUGUCUCUAUUGCAGAACUGGUGUAAAGGGGAAGGGGUAGACCUAAACCAUUCCAUUGUGGUUAAACGGGUCCCCAUAGACACCACAGUAGAGCAUAUUGAAGAGACUGUCGGAGCUAUUAAGGCCCUUGGGAGAGUGAAAGUUAAGGGGCGGAUGUUUGACCCAGAUUCACACUCGUUAAUGGUAUUGUGUGAGUGUAGUGAACGAGUGAACACUAAAACCACUCCCCUGGAUGUACCUGCUGGGGAGGGAGGUGAGCUUUGGACCCUGCAUGGCCCCAGUGAGGGGGAAGAGACCCCUGCCAGCGCUCCAAGGACAACCACUGAACCAGAACCAGAACUCUCAGAUCUAGCCGGAGGGAACUCGGCGGAGUCCAUUAUACGAGCAGUAGGGGACUUGCUAGCCAAAACCAUGAGGCCCACUUCCGAGAGUAGUGUUUUUCGACGGCUGAGGAUAUAUUCUGGAAUUACUCCCGCCCCUGCUGGGGAAGAGCACCAAGACGCCUGGUUAGAGCAGGCCCGAUUGAUGGUAGAAGAAUGCGACUGCUCUGUUCGUGAAAAACGAAAGAGAAUUGUGGAAAGCUUGAGGGGUCCUGCCCUAGACAUAGCCCAAGCUGUGAGAGCUAAUGACCCUGAUGCAAUGCCCGAGGAAUACAUUGAGGCCCUGGAAAGGGCUUUUGUGACCUCAGAGACCCCAGAGGACCUCUACUUUUCUUUCAGAGCAUUGAGGCAAGGUCCUGGGGAACGACUGUCGGACUUCCUGAGGAGAGUGGAGCGAUUAUUAACUAAAGUGGUACACAGAGGAGGACUGUCCCCCAACCAGAGAGACAGUGCUCGUGUGGAACAACUCCUCAGAGGGGCUACCGAAUCUGACAUACUGCUUCUGCAGUUGAGAUUACGAGAGAGAAAAGCAACCCCCCUCCUUUCUUGA